UCUGUCCCUCUGAUCAAAACACUCGAUAAUCUACAUCAAAAGAUCGAUUUAUCUGCGAUCAGCUGGUCUUCCCUGACUUCCACUUCCACUUCCACUUGCACUUGCACACACCGCUGACGCAUUACACUACAACCGGGUAACAAUCAUUAUCUUUAGCCAUGGCGGAUCCUAGAAUACGGCAAAUUAGGAUUAAAACUGGCAUCGUUAAAAGGCUGGCCAAAGAGAAGAUCUCGUACAUAACUGAGACAAAGCAGCAGGAGGAGAAGAUCGAGCACCUGAAAGCAGAAGGAGGAGAUGUCUACGUCAUCAAGAAGCAGAUGGAGGUUUUGCAAGAGUGCAGGAUGAUGAUCCCUGACUGCCACCGGCGUCUCGCUGUGGCGCACGCAGAUCUGCUUCAGUUAUUGGAAACAGAGGAGGAUUUGGGCGAAUCAGAGGAGUACAAAGAGGCUAGGAACGUAUUGGACUCAGUGAAGCUUGAAGGAUGAUUCCUGAUCUGUUUCUGUUCUCACUGUGAGAUUCACUCGCUACUAGUCCAUUCCUUUUGUCAGGCCUUGUUUGGAACCGUGGCAGCAAACUGAAUCCAUUCAAAUCUCUGCUCUUGAUGUAAUUAUUUCUCCUGUUGACUGUUAACGUGUCAGCACAUUCGUUCAUGCUUCACCUGUGUGUAAAAUCCACAAGAAUGCGAUAGAACGUUCACUUCAUUUACAGUAGAGGAGUGGAGGGUUUUUCCUCAAUUCAUUUGUCAUACUGAUGCACGGUUUGGACUUCAUAGACAGGUGUCUUUUCUGUAGUUGUAACCAUUUUAAUGUUGUGGGUCCACUGUUCAUUUUACAUUGGAGGGCUUUACACGCUUCACCAGUGUAAAACACAAGACCACUGUAGAAGAAGUUCUACAGCUUAAAGUGACCAUUUAGAAAAAUGCAUUUCAUUGUGCUUUCCUUUUGUAUGUGAAGCUCGCACAACCUUAAAUGGCUUUAACCCUUGAAGAUGAUGCAGCCCUGAAUAAAUGGUCUUAUCCUUG